CACCAGUAGCAGCAGAAGCGGCAGCAUCAAGCGGUGCCUUUCUGAUGCACCAUGCGAACAUGAGCAUCCCUCUUGAAGGCUGACUCCCUCAACAAUCCACCCCUUCUUUCCUCCUCCUCUUCCCGUCCGUUCGCUGGCUUGAUUUGUGGCUUUUUAAUUUUUUUCCUCCUUUUGCACCGCAAGGAUUGUGCACGCUUGGCUGGGAAUUUACUUGGAAGCUUGAGAGUCAUCCACCUCCCCCCCUUCCUUGUUCUGCUUCUUUUUUAGCGAGGGGAGUGUAUGUGCUGUCACUAAUUCCUCCGCACUCCCUGCGCCUUUUUCUUGGGAAUUAUUCUGCAGUGCUUUUUCUUCUCUCCCCACUGCGGGGGCUGCUGCGUUUUUUUUUUUUUUUUUUGGUGCCCUCUCCUCGUCACUGGGGGCGGGAGGGGGGAGGUGGGGGCGACUGAAGCAUCCCGGAGUAGCAGCGCCUGGAUCGGAAGUGGCGAUGCCCACCCUGUGACUUUGGGGAUUACCCCCUAACCCGCCCCUCACCUGAGUAUGGCCUCCGCCCGGAGGGAGCGCGGCGGCCGCACGGCGCUCCUCCUCCUGGCGGCGGCGGCAUGCUGCCUGCUGGCGGGCACUGCGUUGGCCAAGGUGUGCAACGACCGCACCAAACGCGGGCAGGACAACAGCUGGUUCGCCCGCAACGGUGAGAAUUUGCCCAUCAUGGUGCUCAUGCCCAUGAACGAGUCAGCGCUGAUGAGCAGCAUCAGCCAGGGCAUCGAGCCCGCCGUGCAGCUCGCCAUCCAGCACAUGCGGGAGUCCCGGGAGUACAACUUCUCCCUCAUCACUGAAAUCUAUGAUACAGAGUGUGACAACGCCAUAGGCCUGCGAGCCUUCUUCGACGCCAUCUGUUACGGACCCAAACAGCUGAUGAUCUUUGGCGGCGUCUGCCCCUCCGUCACCUCCAUCAUUGCAGAGUCCUUGGAGGGAUGGAACCUGGUGCAGCUGUCCUUUGCGGCGACCACCCCGGUGCUGGCGGACAAGAAAAAGUACCCCAACUUCUUCCGCACAGUGCCCUCGGACAACGCAGUCAACCCGGCCGUGGUCAAGUUCCUCAACUACUACAACUGGAGCCGCGUGGGGACGCUCACGCAGGACGUGCAGAGGUUCUCCGAGGUGAGGAACGAUCUCACCAGUGAACUGGAGAAGGCCGACAUCCAGAUCGCCGACACAGAGAGUUUCUCCAAUGAUCCCUGCGUCAACGUCAAGAAACUCAAGGACAACGACGUGAGGAUCAUCAUCGGACAGUUUGACGAGAACCUGGCCUCCAAAGUCUUCUGCUGCGCGUACAACCUGAACAUGUUUGGCAGCAAAUACCAGUGGAUCAUUCCUGGCUGGUACCAGGGCAACUGGUGGGAGCAGGCCAACAGCACCAACUGUACCACCAAGAAGCUGCUGGCCGCCAUGGAGGGCUACAUCAGCGUGGACUUUGAGCCCCUCAGCGCCAGGCGGAUGAAGGGCAUCUCCGGAAGGACCCCGCAGGAGUACGAGCUGGAGUACAGCCGCGAGUUACAUCAGAAGGGUGUGGAGCCCAGCAAGUUCCACGGCUUCGCCUACGACGGCAUCUGGGUCAUCGCCAAGACCCUGACCCGGGUCAUGCACCUGCUGCGCGAAAAGCAGCGGCAGAGCGGACACCCCAAUUUCACCGUAGACAACCACGAGGUGGGCAAGAUGGUGCUGGACGUCAUGAAUGAGACCAACUUCUUUGGAGUCACGGGCCAAGUGAUGUUCCGAAAUGGUGAGCGGAUGGGCACUAUUAAAUUCAACCAGUUUCAAGAGGGCCACGAAGUGAAGGUGGGAGAAUACAAUGCCAUUGCAGACGUGUUGAACCUCAUCAAUAACUCCAUCCGCUUCCAAGGUGUGGAGCCGCCCAAAGAUCAGACAUUUGUGCAUUCGCAGCGACGGCACAUCAACGUUCCGCUUUACAGCAUCCUGUCCACCAUCACCAUCCUGGGCAUGCUCAUGGCCGGAGCUUUCCUCUUUUUCAACAUCAAGAAUAGAAACCACAGAUUGAUCAAGAUGUCCAGUCCCUACAUGAACAACCUGAUCAUCUUGGGCGGCAUGCUUUCCUACGCCUCCAUCUUCCUCUUCGGACUGGACGGCGGCUUUGUGUCCGACAAGGAGUUUCAGACACUCUGCACGGUUCGAACGUGGAUCCUCAUCGUCGGCUACACGACGGCGUUUGGCGCCAUGUUUGCCAAGACGUGGAGGGUGCAUGCAAUCUUCAAGAAUGUGAAGAUGAAGAAGAAGAUCAUAAAGGACCAGAAACUAUUGAUCAUCGUUGGCGGUAUGCUGCUGAUCGACUUGUGCAUCCUGAUUUGCUGGCAGAUUGUGGACCCGCUGAAGCGGACCGUGGAAGAAUACAGCCUGGAGGCGGACCCUCACGACAGAGACAUCGCGAUCCGUCCCUUCUUGGAGCACUGCGAGAGCACCCACAUGACCAUCUGGCUGGGCAUCGUCUAUGCCUACAAGGGCCUUCUGAUGUUGUUCGGCUGCUUCCUGGCUUGGGAGACCAGAAACGUCAGCAUCCCCGCCCUGAAUGACAGCAAAUACAUCGGCAUGAGCGUCUACAACGUCGGCAUCAUGUGCAUCAUCGGCGCCGCCGUCUCCUUCCUCACCCGAGACCAGCCCAACGUGCAGUUCUGCAUCGUGGCGCUGGUGAUCAUCUUUUGCAGUACCAUCACGCUCUGCCUGGUCUUUGUUCCCAAGCUGAUCACCAUGAGGACCAACCCGGAUGCCGCCACGCAGAACCGCAGGCUCAAGUUCACGCAGAACCAGAAGAAGGAAGACUCCAAGACCUCCACCUCGGUCACCAGCGUCAACCAGGCCAACACCUCGAGACUGGACGGCCUUCAGACCGACAACCACCGCCUCCGCAUGAGGAUCACCGAGUUGGACAAGGAGCUGGAGGAAGUGACCAUGCAGCUGCAGGACACCCCGGAAAAGACGCCGUACAUCAAACAGAACCACUACCCGGAUGCCAACAACAUCCUCAGCAUACGCAACUUCGCUGACUGCAAAGACCAACCACUGCCAUUCCUAAAACCCGCCUCCAUUUUGUGUUGCCGUGGAGACGCCGACCGGAGCCUGCUGAAGAACCACCUGGAGCAGAAGCCUCAGGGCCAGUGGGGCUCCAUGGAUCCUUCUAGAAUCACCAGAGGUCCCUUGGAGGACAUCAACUCUCCUGAACACAUCCAGCGCCGGCUGUCCCUGCAGCUGCCCAUCCUGCACCACGCCUACCUCCCAUCCAUCGGCGGCGUGGACGCCAGCUGCACCAGCCCCACCGACAGCCCCGGAUCCAGCCCGCGCCACAGACACAUGCCGCCCUCCUACCGGGUCAUGGUGUCGGGCCUGUGAGCCACGCCGACUGACCGCGCCUUCACCCUUCCAGUAUACACACACACCCACACAUACACACACACAUGCACACAGCUGUCUUUUUGUGUGUUUGGUGUCGUUUCUACAGCAGACUUGACUGCGAGCAUCCGCGCGGAAGAGAGCGACGCUCUUUCGCGCCUCCCCGCAGAACGUGGCGGGCAGUUAAGCAAAGCCGCCAAACACCCACGACGGCGACCACAGCGUAGCCUUAAGGGUUAGGCCGUCUCUUGCCUCGCCCCCGCCCCCCCUACGCCGCAGCUCUUUCGAAUUUGUGACGUUUGUAAAUAUCGUUUCGGGAUACCGUGGAUGUCGACGGCGUUGGUCCGGCGUGCGGAAAGCGACAAGGUGCGACAUGUGACACAUUGACAAGCAUUACGAGUAGAAGUUGAUCAUCUAGAUUGGAGCCAUGUGACAAAAUUAUACUUGCAAAAUUACGAUUUUCCUCCUUUUGAUCACGAUAUUUUCGACUUUGGAUAUUUGGAUUUGGAUGGUUACGGCACUGUGUAAAAGUACUGGCCCCGCCUCCGUGUCAUAAUCUGACAAAUGUAUUCUGGUAACAUGACAAAUUGAAAUUCAUUCCAGCUAUAAAUUUGACAAAAUAUCCGUUAUUUAAUGACAAAUAUAUGCUCUAAUAUUUCGACAAUGUGUGAAUUGUCACAAUAGAAAUGCGGACUACGACACAAAGUCAUCGUACAAAAUUCUGAGUGAGACUCAACAUUUCCAGGAAUAAAUUUGUCAUUUUGCAAGCAAAACAAUGCAA